AUGAGUAGUAAUAAUAGCAAUAAAAAGAAAGGUGGUAAGCCACCAACGUCAUUAUCAACCUCAAAUACAAAUAUCCCAACCACUAGAUCUAGAAGUAGUAGUAACAGUAGCAAUGGCGGCGAGGUGGUAAUGGCAGGUACACCAUCAACUCAAUCUAUUCUAUCAUCAUCUCCAGUAUCAGCACCAAUACCAAUACCAACUGCGAAAAAAGUAUCUGUUAAAAGUAGUCCACAGCCAAUUGUAAAUAAUAGUAAAAAGGUUGUAAAUGCAACACCAUCGUCAAGUAUUGGGAGUAAUUCAUCAUCGGUAGCAAGUAGUCCUUCAUCGGUUGGUGGUAGUUUUAAUAAGCCAUUUUCAGCUCCAUCAACAUUUGGUGGUAUGCUCUCUAGAAUGCAACAACAGCAACAGCAUUUAUUCAAAAAUUCAAAUAAUACCAAGGUCAAUAGUAAUAUCGAUUCAAUAAAAUCGUCUAAUAGUGGUUUUUUAAGACCUGUAGGUAUACCAAUUUCAUCUUCUUUCAAUCAAAAAAAUCAGGUCAAUCAAUCAUCUGCAAAUAGUUCACCAAAAAUUUCAUCAUCCUCAUCAAGAAUAGGUUCAUCUUCAAAUUUACAAUUAUCAACAUCAUCUGAUAGUUCAAUGUCAACAUCUCCAAAUUUUUCUUCAUCCUUUACAAAACAAUCCCCAAACAGUUAUUAUAGUGGAUUCCAAGGUUUAUCAAAUAAUAGUUUUUCUUCAGCUUCACCAUCACCAACUACCACUCACCAUAAUUUAUUUCGAAGGGGUUCACCACCUUCAAUAUAUCUUAAACCUUCACCACCAGGUUCAUUCCAUGUACCCUCAUCAAAUAAUAGUUUUUUAAUGCCAUCACCCCAAUCAGCUUCAGAGGUUUUUGGUUCUAAAUCUUCAACUUCAUCAUCCUCAGCAACAAAACCAAGUAAUAGUGGCGCUAUUAAAAAUCAACCAAAAACUAAAACAAUUGGUUUCGAAAUACCAUCUUCUGCAUCAACAGCAACAAAUAAAGAUAUUAAAAAAGAAACCACCACCACUACAACAGCAACUCCAACAACUCCAACAACACCAAGAAAAAAGAAAUCAUUUAGCAAAGAGGCAAUUAUUCCAGCAUAUGAAUUAGAAUUUGAUUCACAAGAAAGUGACCAGUCAGAUAAUGAAGAUGAUUUUGAUUUAAAGGAAGAUUCUAAUGAAGAGGAGGAGGAAGGCGAAAUUACAUCUCCACCACAAAAAGAAAUUACAGCAAAGGAUAACAAAUGUUUUGUAAAUAUUGAAAACUUGGAUACCGUUUCAAUUGAAAAGAUGGUGAUGGAGGGUUGGAAAAAACAAAUACCACGUUUUCAUCAAAAAGAUGCUGUUGUUAAAAUUUUACAAAAUAUAGUCGAACAAUUCAAAAUUGAUUCUAAAAAGAUUGCACCAUUAUUAUCACCAGCAACACCAUUAGGUACUCCAUUAUCACCUCUUGGUAUACUAUCGGCCCCAUCAUCAACCAAUUCAGACACUUCAAUUAUUUCAAAUUAUACUACAAAUACUACUACAUCAGGAUUGGGUAUUAAUCAAGUUAUCAAACCAAUUAAAAAUGUUAAAAAUUAUUUAGUUCAACAUGCUGCAGGUUCUGGUAAAAGUUUAACAAUUGCAUGUCUUGUUUAUAACCUUUAUAGACUUUUAGAAGAAGGAAGAUUAAAAUAUGAUUUAAUUUUAAUUUUAAAUGAUAAAAGACAUCUAGAUACACAAUUAGGUUCAAUUAUUACUCAAUUUUUAAAAGAUAAUGAUUUAAAAUCAGUUAUCCAUCCAAGUACAGUUAGAUUAUUAAAAGAAAUAUUAAGUAAAGCUAAAACUAGGGUAGUUAUAACUACAAUGCAAAAGUUUUCAAGUAUUAUUGAUCAAUUUGACCAAAUUUCAAGUAAAUAUAAAUCAAUUGCAUUAAUUUCAGACGAAACUCAAAGAUCACAUGGUAAAGCAACAAAAAAUUUAAAUUCAAUUUUAACAAAUGAAAAUAGACAAAAUAAUAAUAUAACUUAUUUUUGUUUUACUUGUACACCAACUCCAAAAUGUUUAGAAAUGUUUGGUGACACUAGAGGUAAUCUUAGGGUACCAUUUCAUACAUAUUCUUUAGAGAAAGCAUUGCAAGAUAAAAUUAUUAUGGAUGUUACUAUGAAUUAUACAACAGUUGCAAUUUUAACAAAAGUUUCAAAUAAUGACAAAGUUAAUGGUAGUGGUUUGUAUGAUGAAAAGAAAGCUUCCUAUCAUCUUUUAAAGGAUACACAAAAUGACAAGAAAAUUAUUCAAGAGAAAUCAUCAUAUAUUAUAAAGCAUUUUGUCAAAUUAAAGGAACAAAUGAACAAUAAAGAUUUUACAGGUAGAGCCAUGUUGGUCACAAGUAGUAGAGAACAAAUGUUACUCUAUAAGCAAACUUUAGAGGCAUUAGUUAAGGCUUUACCAAAGGGUGAAAAAUUCGAUAUUAUAGCUUCUUUUUCGCCAUUUGAACAAAAGAAAAAGUUAAAGGAUGAAUCAGACCCAAAGAUAAACGGUGUUUAUGCAAACUAUUGCUCAAAGAGAAACGGUAUAUCAGAGAUCUUAAGACAUGAUACCAAAUGUAAAGUGCAAUUAAUUAUUGUGGCCGACAAACUCCAAACUGGCUUUAACGAGCCAUCACUAGCUGUUAUGUAUAUUGACAAAGCUUUAAAGAGUGCUGAUGCUGUCCAAACUUUUGGUAGAUUAAGUAGGGUAGCUAAAGGUAAAAGCCAAUGUUAUAUUGUUGACUUUAUAAACACUCGUAGGGAAAUUCAAGAUGCAUUUAAUCAAUAUUGGCGUGAAACUUGUUUAAAGGGUGCUACUAGAAAAACUGUUUUAGAAAUGAAACUUAAUAGAAUUUUAAAUAAACUUUCAAGUAUUGAACCGUUAUCACAGGGUAAAUUACAGGAAUCAGUUGAUUAUAUUCUACAGGACGACGAAAGAAAGAAAAGAGAAAAGGCCAGAGUCCAUAGUAUCACAGAAGAUAUUACACAUUUUGUUGAUCUUUGUAAUCAAUUGCUCUGGGAUAAUCAACCACCAAUGAAUGUUAGAUUUUUAGAGGCAGUUAAGUUUUCAGUUUGCCAAAAACGUGUUUCAACUCAAAUACAUUCAAUUCGUGGAUUUUUACAAAAUAUCGAAAAUAAAAGUGCUCUUGGUGGAUUAAAUCAACAAAAUAGUAAUUUUUCAUUAACCUCAAAUAAAUCAAUUUUUGGUAAAAAAUCAAAUGAAAAAAUAAUAUCUUUAAAGCAGGAAGAGUAUAGAUAUUUGGAUAGUUUUAGAACUCACCAAGAAGAUUCAAUGGAUUUAGAUGCUGAAGAUUUAGAAUUUGCACGUGAAAUUUGGUCUGCUAAUCCCGAAAUUAAAUUACAUUCACGUCUUUUAGGUAACGAAGAGGAAAGAGAAGAAGAAAUUGAUAGUAUUGGUUUCAAUUUGAAAAUGUUUGAACAAGCCGAAACUCUUGAACAGGUUAUCGAAAUUGUAGUUGAGUUUGUAUCUAGAAAUGGACCAACUUUUGAAGGCUUUAUUAAAAAUCAAUCAAUGUCAACUAUUUUCCCAUUCAUCGACCCAAGUAAUGAAAAUUACCAUCUCUAUAAACAGAAAUUAGAUAAGGCUCGUACAAAAUAUAAUCAAGAGCAACAAAAGUUAAUUCACCAACAAUUGCAACACCAAAGGGAACAACACCAACAACAACAGCUUUUAAAAGAACAUCUCGUAACUGAAUCAAGUGAUAUUGUAAUGAGCGAGGUUGCUUCGAAUAAUAGUUCUGGUCAAAUUCAAUUCAAUUUAAAGACACCUUGGAAUAAUCAAGAUAUUCCAUUCCCAGUACCUCUACCAAUAGUAUUGCAAGAAGAGGUGGUCGGUAAACCACAUGCAGAGGGACGUAUGGAGGAUUGUCUCUUGGAUGAUUGCGUCUUAUCAUUUUGUAAUGAUUUAGAUACCAAGGAGCCAAAGGACGCACCAAUUCGUGUUUAUGCUAUUCAAGUUUUGGGUAUGUUAGCAAACAAAGGUGUACAUAAGAAUCAACUCUUUGAAAUCGUUGGCUGUAUUCAUAAAAUCUUAUUAAAUCGUCAAGAGAAUAUCAGUAUUAAAAUGAUUGCAUUGGAUCUAUUGGCAUUGGUAGCAACUCAAGAUGAGGUAACAAUUUCGCAAAUUGUUGACUUUGGUUUAAUCAAUACUAUCAUUAAAUUAAUUCAAACCGCUGAUGACCCAUUAAAGGCAAAAUGCUGUAAAUUCUUUACGAUACUCCACAAUGAUGUUUCAAUUGUUUCGACACUCAUUGAAAAUCAAGGUAUUUGUGCCAUCACUACAUUGUUAGAGUCUUACGACUAUAUUGUAACCGAACAGGCUCUUCGUUGUUUAAUCUCUUUAGCUCAAGAGGAUCGUACUAUUAAAACUAUUCGUACUUCAAUUGACCCAAAUGUUUUAGCACGUUUAGAGCAUCAUAAAAUUCAAGUUAUUCAUGAUUUAACUAAUCAAUUAAAAACAUUAAUUAGUGGCAGUAAAAGGUCUCUACAACAAUUUCAACCUCUUAUUUCAAACACCAAAAGAAUUAGAUCAAAUUCAACUCUUUCGACAAUGUCAACAAGUAAAUUAAACUCAAAAAAACUUUUAUCAAAAUCUUCUUCAAAUAAUAAUAUUAGUAUUAGCGAUGGUGAUAAAAAGAAUAGUUUAUCAACUUCACAACCAAAUAUUUCUUUGCAAAAUAACGAUGAACAAGAAAUUAUAACAACAAGAAGAAUUAGUACAAGUGAUAAUGGAGGUGAUACAAAUAGUGAUAUUAUUAAUGAUAUUAAAGAUAGUGAUGAUAGUAAAGAUAAAGAUAAAGAUAUAGAGAUUAAUAAUAAAGAUAAUAAUAAAAAUAAUAAAGAUAAUAAUCAAAAUAAUAAUCAAAAUAAUCAAAAAAUUGGAAAAACAAUAACAAAACCAAUUACUAGAUCAGUUUUAAAACUGUAAAUUAAUUUGUAAAAAUAAUUAAAUAAAAAAUGUAAAUAAACUUAAAAAACU